AUGCGACAGGCGGCAGUUAAUUGGAUGCGGGGAAACAAAUUAGGCGCGAUAACUCCGGACGAAAAGAAGACAGUCCGGCUAAACUCCGUACCACGACUGGCUGUCACGUGGGUCGGUGGUUACAACAAUGGAGACAAUAUCAACAACGACAACAAAGAGGAUGUUGAAUCUAGUGUAGAAUGUACAAUGUACCGGGCCCUUUCCGGUUGUACGCUGCUCUUCCAAACACGGUCUCACAGUGCCACUUAUAUAGCAAUCGACGCACCAGGCGACGCAACGCGGAGCGCCGAAAGUCCGGUCUGUGCGGUCGCGACGCGGAUUGCGGUGCGAAGCCAGGCUCGACAAUCUCAACGAUCGCAGUGUUGGAAGGCCGGGAUAAUUAGGCAGGGCACAAGGCCGAUGUUGCUGUCAUCGGCUCGGCGCACUGACCUGUUCCAGGCCUGUUGUGACUGA